AUGUCGAGCGACAGCGACGAGGAAGAGCUCCUCCAGAUGGCGCUGAAGGAUCAAUCGCAGCGAGAUCUCAACUACGGCAAAUCCUCCGGCAAUUCACGCAAGCCCGUCGCUAACUACGUCCAACAGCCGAAGAAACCGGCGCCAACUUCCAAACAGUCCAACUCCAAGGGCAGAGUCGCGGACGAUGACGACGAUUCCGAAGUGGAGAUGCUAAGCAUCUCCAGCGGCGACGAGGACAACGCCAGAGAUCCGGUUGCCGCCUCCAGGACCAAAGGCGCCGCUGCCACCGGAAGACCGGCGCGCGACGACGAUCGCGCCUGGGACGGCGAGGAGCCUAGUCGCUGGAAGCAUGUUGACGAGGCUGAGCUUGCUCGUAGGGUUCGUGAAAUGAGGGAAACAAGAACAGCACCUGUGGCUCAGAAAUUCGUGCCUCCAAAAUUUGAAAGGAAGGGUUCUGCGGCGGGUAGAAAGGGGCUUACCUACUUACAGUCAUUCCCACGUGGCAUGGAAUGCGUUGAUCCACUGGGGUUGGGGAUCAUAGAUAACAGAACACUAAGGUUGAUCACUGCGUCUUCACAUAGUUCUCUGAAUGCUGACAAGGAUAUUGUGGAAGGCAACCUACGGGAAAAAUUGCUGUACUUUUCGGAGAACUUUGAUGCAAAACUCUUUUUAUCCCGGAUACACAGUAAUACCAGUGCUGCUGAUCUGGAGGCUGGUGCACUUUCUUUGAAAACUGAUUUCAAAAGUCGUACUGAGCAGAGAAAACAGUUGGUUAAGGAUAACUUUGAUUGCUUUGUCUCUUGCAAAACAACAAUUGAUGAUAUUGAGUCAAAGUUAAGACGAAUUGAGGAUGACCCUGAAGGGUCUGGGACUUCCCAUUUGUUUAAAAUUAUUCAGGAAGUCAGUUCACAGGCUAAUCGUGCUUUGAAGCCUUUAUUUGAGAGACAGGUGGCUGAAUCUCAAGCAGAAAAGAUUAGAACUGUGCAAGGUAUGCUACAGAGGUUUCGAACGCUUUUCAACCUACCAAGUACUAUCCGUGCCAGCAUUAGCAAGGGUGAAUAUGAUUUGGCAGUUAGGGAGUACAAGAAGGCCAAAUCAAUUGCUCUACCCUCUCAUAUUCAGGUAGGUAUCCUAAAACGUGUUCUCGAAGAGGUUGAGAAAGUGAUGAAUGAUUUCAAGACCAUGCUUUUCAAGUCUAUGGAAGAUCCACAAAUAGAUCUGACAAACCUUGAGAAUACUGUGAGGUUACUGUUGGAUUUGGAGCCAGAGUCAGAUCCAGUAUGGCAUUACUUAAAUAUACAGAAUCAACGAAUUCGUGGUCUGCUCGAGAGGUGUACUUUAGAUCACGAGGCUAGAGUGGAAAAUUUGCAUAAUGAUUUGCGUGAUAGGGCUAUUUCUGAUGCCAGAUGGAUGCAAAUUCAAGAUGUGGAUGAAUCUGUAGGUUCAGAUAUCAACAACUCCACUAUUGGUAAUAGCUAUCCUCCAGUCCUUUCUUAUCAAGCAGAUCUAAGUGGCGAAGAGCUUGAUGGUUUAAGAGGAAGGUAUAUUCGUAGAUUAACUGCUGUAAUCAUCCAUUAUAUACCAGCAUUCUGGAAGGUUGCACUGUCUGUUUUCAGUGGGAAAUUUGCAAAGUCUUCCCAAGUUGCCACUGAUUCAAAUUCCAACAGUUCUGUAAAUAAAAUUGAAGAAAAAGCUGGAGAUGUGAAAUACUCAAGUCAUUCUCUUGAUGAAGUUGUUGCAAUGAUAUGUAGCACAAUAUCAAUGUAUGGAGUCAAGGUCCAUAAUGAAGCUAUAUUAGAAGAGGAGCCAGGGAAUAGAAGAGGAAAGGACAAAUGGGCCUCAAACAAGGUUACUAACGUUUUUCACGAUCUAGAGGAAUCAAAUGUCCUCCGGUCCUACAUGAGUGAGGCAAUAGAAGAUAUAUCUAAAGCAUGUGCAGCUUUGGAAUUGAAGGAAGCUGCUCCUCCGAUUGCUGUUUGUGCUAUGCGAACAUUGCAAUCAGAGAUUAUAAGGAUUUAUAUACUGAGGCUUUGCUCUUGGAUGCGGGCAUCAGUUGAAGAGGUUUCAAGGGAUGUGACAUGGGUUAUUGUAUCAAUUCUUGAAAGGAACAAAUCCCCAUACGCUAUCUCAUUCUUGCCUUUAAGAUUCCGUUCAGUUUUAGCCUCUGCAGUGGAUCAAAUCAAUUUGAUGCUUCAGUCCUUAAGGAAUGAGGCAACAAAGUCAGAGGAUAUGUUUAUGCAAUUUCAAGAAACUCAAGUAUCUGUCAGACUUGCAGUUUUAAACUGCUUCCUGGAUUUUGCUGGUAUUUUAGAGCGUAUUGGUUUUGAACUCGGCCAACAUAGAUCAGGUGAAGAGGGCUCGCAGUUACCAAAUGGAUAUACUCAUGAAUUGGAUAAUACUUCCUCUGAUCUUCAUGGAGGUGUUGCUUAUCCCCAUCAAAAGUUAUUGGUAGUUCUAAGCAAUAUCGGUUAUUGCAAAGAUGAACUUUCAUAUGAGUUGUAUAACAAAUAUAAACACAUCUGGCUGCAUUCCAGGGAGAAGGAUGAAGGAAACAGUGAUGUACAAGAUCUCGUGAAUAGUUUCUCAGCGCUUGAAGGAAAGGUCCUUGAACAGUAUACUUUUGCAAAGGCAAACUUGAUCAGAUCUGCUGCCAUGAAUUAUCUGCUGAAUUCUGGCAUUCAUUGGGGAGCGGCACCUGCAGUUAAAGGUGUCCGUGAUGCAGCAGUAGAGUUGCUGCAUACAUUGGUAGCUGUCCAUGCAGAGGUUUUUGCUGGUGCUAAGCCUCUCUUGGAUAAAACACUUGGCAUUCUUGUGGAAGGCUUGAUUGACACAUUCAUCAGCAUUUUUCAUGAAUAUGAAGCUACUGAACUUAGUGCACUUGAUACAAAUGGAUUUUGUCAGCUCAUGCUUGAGCUUGAGUACUUCGAGACUAUAUUAAACCCAUAUUUUACAUCUGAUGCAAGAGAUUCCUUGAAGUCUUUACAAGGAUUACUUUUGGAAAAAGCCACUGAGAGUGUGACUGAUGCUGGCGACAAUCUGGGACAUAAUCGACGACCAACUCGUGGCAGUGAAGAGGCACUUGGAGACGAUAAGCAACAAGGAACAACUGUAUCACCAGAUGAGCUCAUUAGUCUUGCACAGCAGUACAGCUCCGAGUUCCUUCAAUUAGAGCUUGAGAGGACACGCAUUAACACAGCGUGCUUUGCAGAAUCUACUCCUUUGGACACUAUGCCAGAACCAGCCAAAUCUGCUUACUCUCCUUUCAGGAACUCAAUGGAUUCCCCUAGCAAAAACUACAGAGGAGAUCCAAAAAUACUGAAGUCUUCAUCAUUCAGAGAGCCACACGUUCCAGCGAAAUGGAUAGUGACGUGUCAUGCGACAGCGGGUUACAUUAGCAAAACUCCGUUGUGCUGCUGCGGAGAAAAAGCGAAAGAAAAAGACUGA